AUGUUGUACUCGGGGAGUCUCAAAGUGUGUGGUGUGCAGAGCGCUGGGACCAACCUGAAGCUGAAUGCUGGAGAGCAGGUUCUGGUGGAGCCUGUGAGCGGACCCCUGCUGCAGGCCACAGAGGUGCUCGUCUCCAGCAGGUCAAAGGAUGACAAACUGGACACAGAUGAUUUCAAGAACUUUUUCCUGAGAACAUUCGAUGGAAACGUCAUUCUUCCCGGUAACGCAGUCUCUCUGAGUUACUUCGGUCGCUCCUGCAGUCUGCGAAUUGAGAGAAUCUGCGGCGAGGACGGUGUGACCCUCCAGAGACCUGCUCCUCCUCUGGGACAGGACCCCGAGGUAGAGAGAGAGAGAGAGGUGUGGGUGAGCAAGAAGCACCACGGACACCGGGAGAACGAUUCAGAGAGCGACCUGGAGACUGCCCGGGAGACAGAGCGGAAAACAAACCGGAAAACAGACUAG